AUGCCUAUUCGGAUGAAGCGCCUUAGUCGAAGUGAUCCAGAAUACAAGGAUCAUGAGAUUAAAUUCAAUCAUUCAUGGUCGCAUGGUGAGAAAAGCGCCAAGAUCAAGUCUAUCUACCUUGCCAGUCGAGACGACAUCGAAAAGUCUGGUCGGGGGGAGCGCUUUUUCAGAUACCUUAAUGGUGGGAGAUACAAGAGACUUUACCAUGGUACCUCGCGUGCGUGUCACAUUGGAGAGUCGGGCAAUGAUUUGAAGCUUUGCUACGACAGUGAUUGUGGCACAUGCAGUAUACUGAGACAGUCGUUCAAACUGAAAUAUGCUGAUGACGAGGGAAUGUUUGGCCCUGGUAUCUACUCUACACCAAAUUCUUCAAAAGCAGACGUCUAUGUAAAGAACCAUUAUGUCAACUCGAACCUUCACGCUAUGCUCAUUUGCUAUGUCGUGGCAACUAAGCCUCAGCGCAAAUUGCUAGCAGACCACAGCAUCACCAGACCUUCACGUGGCUACAACUGUAUUGAGGGGGUGACUAUCGAUAACGGAGGGUCACUUCAAUAUCCAGAGUUUGUUGUCUAUCGACACGAUGCGAUUAUUCCAGUCGGGCUCAUCAUGUAUACUCGCAAGGGCUGGGAGCCCUUAUGA